UUUAGACAGAGGCCGAGAGAGACGGUGUAUCUGUGAGCGUCAAUGUGAACCAGAAGAGAGAGAGAGAGAGAAUUUAAUAAAUGAACUCUCUUUCUGUGGCAAAAGUAUUUUCAGAGACAAAGAAACAAAAAUGCCCCAAGUCCCUUGGAUAAGGAUUAGAAGGUGAUAAAUAUAUAUGUGUUCAGUGAUUCUUCUUCGCGCCUUACGCUUAUUGUUGUGCUGAAGAAACUUCCAAGUGCAGGGAAAUAGAGAGAUUUCGUAAAAGAAUCUCUAUUCAAUAUGGGAAGUUUGGCAGUUGAAACCGAUAAUAUUGUCUGCUCAGAUGUUUACCUUUCUUUGGGGCUUAAAGAAUUAGGGAAAGGAGUUAUGAAAAUUCCCCGGGUUCUGUCACUUCUCUCUUCACUUCUUGAGAAAUCCGUUCAAAGGAAUGAGAUGCAAUUGGAGGCAACACAGGUCAAAGAUGUCCUCACCAUUUUUCAUGGUUUAAGAGCACCAAGUUUGAGCAUUAGGCAAUACGUCGAUCGCAUAUUCAAGUACUCGGGCUGCAGCCCGUCCUGCUUUGUUGUUGCAAACAUCUACGUUGACAGAUUUCUCCAGAGCACAGACAUUCAGCUAACUUCACUUAACGUUCACCGGCUUCUUAUAACGAGUGUCAUGCUAGCAGUGAAAUUUAUGGACGAUGCAUUCUUUAACAAUGCUUACUAUGCUAAAGUGGGAGGAGUUAGCACGGCAGAACUUAACAAGUUGGAGAUGAAGUUUUUGUUCACGAUUGAUUUCAGGCUUCAAGUGAGUAUAGACACAUUUGGGAGGUACUGUUCGCACUUAGAUAAAGAAGCUUCGGAAGGACUACAGAUUGAAAGGCCAAUCCAAGCUUGUGGAAUUAAAGAGAAUUGGUCAAACAAAGAUGACUCAACUUGUGCUCCAACAAUUGCAAGAUAAAGAACAUGCAAUAACAUUUCAAUGUGCUGUUAUCACGCCCAUCUUAGAUAUGCAAUUUGAUUGUUUCGACUGUGUGCGGAGUUGGCACUUCAAUGGAAAGUCAUUGUAGGGGCAGCCUUCGGGUUUGCCAUAUUCAUUCUGAGAUUUUUUUUUUUCAAAAAAAAAAAAAAAAAAAAAGCAUAUUGUAUUCCUGACGGAACAGUCGCAGUUGAAGCAACUUUGCCGCCGAAAAUCUCCAUUUCUGAGAGCUGAAGAUCUCCAGCCGAGUUGAUACAAGUAUAAUGUAGAAUGAAAAACUAGCAUAUAAAAGGUGUUCCAUUCCAUUGUGAUAAUAUGUCAUUUCUCAUGGCUCGGCGGUGGAUAAGAUAACCAUGUUAUUCUUAAGUUCUUUAAAAUGUUUUAAAGUUUCA